UAAGAUAAUAUUAUGGAAAGUGAAGAAGGUUGACUAACGGUGGUGAUGGAGAUGCGAGACAUCGACGAUCUCCCGAAGAACGCCGCCAACUACACGGCGUUGACGCCUCUUUGGUUCUUGGAGCGAGCCGCCACGGUUCAUCCAACUCGAAAAGCGGUGGUCCAUGGAUACCGUACUUAUACUUGGCUACAAACUUACCAGCGCUGCCGUCGCUUGGCUUCGGCUCUCGCCAAUCGCUCCGUCGGCCUCGGUAGCACGGUUGCAAUAAUAGCACCAAACGUCCCUGCUUCAUAUGAAGCACAUUUUGGAAUUCCGAUGUCUGGUGCUGUUAUAAACCCUGUCAAUAUUCGGCUGAAUGCAUCAACAAUUGCUUUCCUUUUGAGUCAUUCACGAUCUGCUGUUGUCAUUGUCGACCAAGAUUUUUUCACAUUGACAGAGGAUUCUUUGAAAAUCAUGAAGGAGAAAAGCCAAGGCAAUUUCAAGCCCCCACUUUUGAUUGUCAUUGCAGACGAAAGCUGUGAUCCGAAAACACUGAGGUAUGCGUUGGGACAAGGAGCUAUUGAGUAUGAGAAGUUCUUAGAAAGUGGUGACCCUGAGUUUGCUUGGAAGCCUCCUCAGGAUGAGUGGCAAAGCAUUGCUUUGGGCUACACUUCUGGCACGACAGCAAGCCCUAAAGGGGUUGUAUUACAUCACCGAGGUGCAUAUCUCAUGUCUUUGAGUAAUCCUCUCAUAUGGGGGAUGAAUGAAGGAUCUGUAUACUUGUGGACUCUACCCAUGUUCCAUUGUAAUGGUUGGUGUUUUACAUGGGCACUCGCAGCUCUUUGCGGAACAAACAUAUGCCUUAGACAGGUAACAAUAAAGGGCGUCUACUCAGCCAUAGCAAAGUAUGGCGUGACUCACUUCUGCGCCGCACCUGUGGUGCUCAAUUCCAUAGUUAAUGCCCCAUCUGAAGACACAAUUCUUCCCCUUCCCCGUGUUGUUCAUGUAAUGACAGCCGGUGCUGCCCCGCCCCCUGCUGUUCUCUUCGGAAUGUCUCAAAGAGGCUUCCGUGUCACCCACACUUAUGGUCUCUCAGAAACCUAUGGUCCUUCAACAGUGUGUGCAUGGAAGCCUGAAUGGGACUCGUUGCCACCUGAAUCCCAAGCUCGCUUAAAUGCACGCCAAGGUGUCCGAUAUAUUGGCUUAGAGAGCCUCGAAGUCAUCAGUACCCAGACUGGUCAUCCAGUUCCUGGUGAUGGAAAAACUAUAGGAGAAAUAGUGAUGCGCGGUAAUCUUGUGAUGAAAGGUUACUUAAAGAACCCGAAAGCUAACGAGGAAACGUUUGCAAAUGGAUGGUUUCACUCCGGGGACCUUGGCGUGAAGCAUCCGGAUGGCUAUAUCGAAAUAAAAGACAGAUCAAAAGACAUAAUAAUAUCGGGAGGCGAAAAUAUCAGCAGUGUGGAGGUAGAGAACAGUCUCUACAUGCACCCUGCAGUACUGGAGGCAUCAGUGGUGGCAAGGGCAGACGAGCGUUGGGGAGAGUCUCCUUGUGCUUUCGUGACGUUGAAGCCCGACGUAGCGGAUAAAUCCGACGAACAAUGGUUAGCGGAGGACAUAAUUAAGUUUUGCAAGUCAAAGAUGCCUGCUUAUUGGGUUCCGAAAUCAGUGGUAUUUGGUCCAUUGCCAAAGACAUCUACAGGGAAGAUUCAGAAACAUGUACUGAGGGCCAAGGCAAAAGAGUUGGGACCUGUGAAGUUGAGUAAGUUAUAAUUGUUU